AUGUUGGCAUUUUAUGUCGACAUGUGCUACAAUGUGACACUCUUUGUUCUCAUUUGUGGCAUUGAUGCUAUAGUCCUGAUGAACCUGAGAACAGCAACGAAAAAAAUGAUGGUGGGCAACAGAACCGUAACGCAGGAACACUGUAAACAGCGACUCAGGAAAGAAAGCCGACUAUUCAUCCAGUCGUUUCUGUGUUCCUGUACGUAUUCGUUUAUGCUCGUAUCCUUCCAUGUGAUUGCUCGAUGGGUGCCUAAUGGAUUUAGUCUUUUCUUGUGUACUACGUUCAUCUGGGGAUUUUCUCAUGCCGCUGGAGGGUGA